AUGUGGACAGCAGGUACAACUCAGAUGAUCGCACGAGUCACAGGUUCGACGUUGUUUGCGAAUCAGAAUCUUGUAUCUGUAUUAACAUUUGAACACCGGUCAAUGGCAACAGGAAGUGAUAAAACAUCACUUACUGCUGAUGAGAUCGAAAAAAAUACGAAUUUGAUCAAUAGAAUGCGGGAAUUACGUGCACGAAGUCCGUAUGCAAGUUUUGUGAAAGAUAAUUACCAUGAUGUUAGUGCAAAGUAUCCGGAUUUGAAAUUGGCUGAAAUCACCAAGAAAAUCGCUGAAUUGUGGAAAAAUUUACCCGUUGAGAAGAAACAAACUUAUUCGAAAAAAAGUCAAGAUCAGAAAGUAGCGUAUGAACAAGAAAAACAACGUUUAUCACCGAGCGAUUUACAAACCAUCGAUGCAGCUGAAAAAGCUAAGAAAAUUGAACAUCGUAUCAAGAAAAGUAUUGAGCAAUUGCCAACAAAACGACCACGUGCAGCUUAUGCACACUUUCUCUCCACGCUCGAUCGCGGUGAAGCCACUUUAAAAGACUUCAUGGCAGGUGCUGCUAAACGUUGGGCACAAAUGAGUGUACAAGAAAAACAGCAAUUCGAAGAUCUUCAUCAAGAAGAAAAACAAGCGUAUAUCAAAGCUUUAGCUGCUUGGGAUGCAACACAAGCCGAAGCAACAAAGAAAAGAUCGCCACGGUCAUCAUCAUUGACUGCCACCAAACGAAAAGCUACUGCAACAAAAAAGAAACGUGCAGCAUCCGCAACUGGUAAACAAACCGUAAAAAAGCGCGCUAGUGGUACAUCAAAAACUGCCGCUUCAAUAAAGAAAACAAUGAAAAGCAAAGCAACGCAAACCACAAGUGAUAAAGAGGUCUCAUCAUCCGACGAUGAAUCAUCGCCGAAAAAAGUGACCAAGUCAACUAGUCCGAAGAAGAAGGACUCGUAA